CUCGCUCUUCUCCCGUCUCCCCACGACCAGCUGCCCGCUGCGCGGCUGGACGGCGGCGCUGUUUAGCUUAGCUUAGCAUUAGCUGACAGUCACUGUCGACCCGGCCCGAGGAAGCGGUUCCCGUGCGCUCGUGUUGAGGCUGCUCGAUUGUGUGUGUGUUUUAUUAAAGACGAAGGUUCACUAAUUGGCAAAUGAACGCCUUUUUAUAUCACGUUAGCUCGCGUUAGCGACGUGUUUUGGUUUAUUUUGCUAGCUGCCUGGCUAGUUAGUUAGCUGUCUGUUAGCUGGCCGCCUCGCACGAAUAUCUCGUCCGUGACAAAACUGUGAGAGAGGUUUUGUGAGCUGGUCUGGGGAGGAACUGACAGAAUAGAUGUGAACGGCAGCAUGAGUGUGAAGGCUUUCGAGCUGGUCUCCGCCGUGGAGCGGGAGCAGUUGAUGGGCGAGAAGGUGCGCAUCACCAUCGAGUGCAUCGAAUGCUGCGGGCAGCACCUGUAUGUGGGCACCAACGACUGCUUCAUCUAUCACUUCCUGUUGGAGGAGCGCACCACGACCAAAGGCAGGCUGGCCUACAGCAGCCAGAAACUCCUCCAGAAGUAUCUGGGUCUGAAAAAGCCUGUGGCCGAGCUCAAGGCCGCCUCGGCUUUGGAGCGCCUCAUCGUCCUGUGUGAUGCCACCAUCGCUUUAGUGGACAUGGUCACUCUAGAGCCCGUACCCUCCGGCGGGGCCAAACUGAAAGGUGUGACCGCGUUCUGUAUCAAUGAGAACCCGGUAACUGCCGACCCGUUCUGCGCGGAGAUGGCGGUGGUGUCUGCGCGACGGCGGGCGGUCCAGAUCUGCACCGUGCAUGAGGACCGUGUCCAGAUGCUGAAGGAGGUGGCCACACCUGAGCAGCCCUGCACCCUCAGUGUGGAUGGCUACUUCCUGUGUCUGGCUCUGCCCACGCAGUACAUGAUCCUCAACUACAGUACGGGUGCCUCGCAGGACCUUUUCCCCUACGACAGCGAGGAGAGGAAGCCCAUCGUCAAGAGGAUCGGCAGGGAGGAGUUUCUACUGGCUGCGCCGGGUGGGCUUGGGAUGUUUGCUAGCGCGGAGGGCAUAUCCCAGCGUGCCCCGGUGAGCUGGUCGGAGAGCGUGAUCGGGGCAGCUGUUUGCUUCCCGUACGUGGUGGCGUUGGACGAAGGUUUCGUGACGGUUCACAGCAUGUUGGAUCAGCAGCUGAAACAGACACUCUCCUUCAGAGAAGGACACAUCCUGCAGGACUUUGAAGGGAAGGUGGUGUUGGCCUCCACAAAGGCAGUGUACGUGCUGGUGCCCCUGCCUCUGGAACAACAGAUCCAGGACCUGUUAGCAGGACAUCGAGUGGAGGAGGCGCUGACCCUCACAGAGGGUGCCCAGAGAAACAUUCCCAAAGACAAGUUCCAGAUUUUGCACAAGCGAAUUCUCCAGCAAGCAGGAUUCAUCCAGUUUGGACAGCUUCAGUUUUCAGAAGCAAAAGAGCAUUUUAGGAAGGGACAGCUGGACGUGAGAGAGCUGAUCUCCCUGUACCCGCUGCUCCUGCCCGCCUCGUCCUCCUUCACACGGUGCCACCCUCCGCUUCACGAAUUCGCUGACCUCAACCACCUGGCACAGGGUGACCAGGAGAAGGUGCAGCGCUGCAAGCGCUUCCUCAUCAGCUACCUGCGUGAGGUGCGCAGCAGCGAGAGUGCCAAUGGCUUCCGUGAGGACGUGGACACGGCGCUACUGAAGCUCUAUGCUGAAAUAGGUCAUGAGAGCCUGUUGGACCUGCUGGCGUCUGACAACGCUUGCCUGCUGGCUGACAGUGCUCCUUGGCUGGAGAAACACAAUAGGUACUUUGCACUCGGGCUGCUGUAUCACUACAAUGGCCAGGAUUCUUCUGCUCUACAGAUGUGGGUUCGAGUUGUUAACGGCGACCUCCAGGACUCCACGCGUGCCGAUCUCUUUGAGUAUGUGGUGGACUUCCUCAGUUUCUGCUCUAACCUGGACCUAGUAUGGAAGUACGCUGACUGGGCUCUGCAGAAAGACCAGAAGAUUGGAGUCCAGAUCUUCACUAAGAGACCGAUCUCAAAAGAGACGACGGGGCAGCUGAAUCCAGAUGAGGUGAUAAAGUACCUAGAAAAGCACCAUCAGGCUCUAGUGCUCUACCUGGAACACCUGGUUCUGGAGAGGAGACUGCAGAAAGAGAAAUACCACACACACCUGGCUGUGCUGUAUGCAGACCGCGUGUUGGGUCUCCUCUCUCGACCCUCAGCCACAGUGGAGCAGCUGUCCUCUGCCCGUGAGAAACUGCAGCGAUUGCUGAGAGAGUCCAGCCUAUACAGGGUGCAGCUGCUGCUUGGUAAGCUCCAGGAAUCAGAGGUGCUGUUAACGGAGAGAGCGACGCUGCACGGCAAGCUGGAGGAGCACGACAAGGCUCUGCACAUUUUGGUGCACCAGCUGAAAAAUUCCACAGCCGCAGAGGACUACUGCACCUGGGCCUCAGAAGACCAUGACCCAGCCCACCGCCAGAAGCUUUUCCACCAGCUGCUGAGCGUAUAUUUGGACCCAGAUGUGCCAGGCGGGGCACAGACCAUGGAGGCUGUGGACUUGCUCAACCGCCACGCUGAUGUUUUUGAUGCCGUGCAGGUUUUGGAACUCCUUCCGGAGGCGUGGUCUCUAACAUUGCUCCGUCCUUUCCUGUGCGGGGCACUGAGGGCCAAUAUACAUGCCCGCCGCACUUCCCAGGUUGCACUGGGGCUGGCCCGAGCUGAGAACCUGCAGCUACACCAUGACAGGCUAAAGUAUCGGGGCGGCCCAGUCUUUGUGUCGGAAAAGAGGGGAUGCCAGCUGUGCCACAACACUUUCAGGGAGCCUGACUGUGUUUGCCUGCCGGGCGGGACACCCAUCCACACUCACUGUGCUGCUCAGAGGCUUCAGGACUCCCCCACGAAGCGCCGGCUAGACCACGGACACACCAGCAACCACACAUGAACCAAGCAGGACAUGGGCAUCAGUGUAGGGUCAUCUAUUGCUGAUCCCAGGCGUGGACAGCUGAGAACGUAUGGCUGGAGACAGGCAGAGGGACAAGUGCACAGAUAACUUAUCUUGAGUAAGAGUACACAGCUCAGGACCCGUGCAACACACCACUUUAGAGGUGGUUGUGUAUCUCUGUAAGAGGAGGAGAGAGUGAGUGAAUGCGUGGGAGGGUGUAUGAGAUGGUGUUUGUUUGCGCCCCCCGUGUCUGUUCACAACACUGAUUAUGUUUAACUGGUUAACGUAACAAUAUAACCAUCGUCGUAUCUGAUGUAACCACGUAAGCAUCAGUUGUUGGCUUGGACACUGUCACACAGGGCUGCACGGUAUGGACAUAAAAUAUGAUGUUCAGUAAAAGCUGUUGGAUAUCACAGCAAUAAUUUGUGAUAAAAUCAGUGGCAGAAACAGAUUUUUUUUCUCAAGUGGGUCAUCACAUCUACCAAAAAUUUAACGUGUGGUAACAAGUAAAUUAACUAGUUUUAUUGAAGUGAAAAAUCUGUUGAUUGAAAGGAUCGUUAAUUUAAAGUACGAAUAAAACUAGUUAAUCUAUGUGUUACGACGUGAAGUAAUUUUUUAGGUAAAUCUGUUGAGCAGCUUUUUACAUUAUAGCUCAUCCAACCUCUCCUAUAAGCAAAUGUCAAAAUGCAUAACUAUAAAAGCACCAUUCACUAUUAGGCAAAAUAAAUACUCAUAGCUACUUGCAUCAGAACUGUAAGCACAAUUUUCUGCACUGUAAGGCUGAAAAACAGAUUUCCCUGAACAGCUUUUACUAUAACAUUUUUUAAUUUUAUAUAUAGGCCUAAAGAAAAGGAAUAAAGAUAUUUCUUAAAAAGCUCCUUAUGAUGAUGCAGGUUUGUUGUGACAGUAGCCAUUACUGCUUCACAUGUUUUACACACAAACCUUGCAACUAACAGUGUAUCCCAAUUCAGGGGCUGUCCGGUCUAUGGAGGCGUGUCCUUCGAAGGCUGCCUAGACUCGCUGAGGCUGGACCGAAAUGAGAUGGUCUGCCGUACGGCUAAUUUCCUGUUUGUGUCACAGCACCGCUGUUCCCGCCCGUUCACUUCUCCACUGACGCCACCAUGUUCUCAAAUCCUUGCCGCCACGCACUGAACCUCGGGAUAUGUUGGAUGGCGAAGGAUCCGCCCGUUGGGUCCUUUGUUGCUGUGGAACAGAAGGGCACAUUUCUCUGCCGCAUAUGAAGGAGCCUGCGAAAUGGGACAGCCUAGUCGUGCCGCUGUGAUGCAAUCGGCCUUCAGGUGCAGUCUCCAAAGGACGCAGCGCUGAAUUGGGGCACGCUGUAAGAGUAGCUGAGGUAGUUCAGGAGGGAGCUGUGCGCAUGUCAAAUUGGGGACCUUCCUGGCCAAAGUACUGUGGAGAUCAGCGUUCACCCUCAUCUAACUCUCUGAAUUCAGUUCAUGAAGGCCUUGCUAAUUAGCUGCUGAGCUGAAUCAGGUGUGUUUAAUGAGACCGCAUGUAGAUGUGUGCAGUGUUUUGGCCUGUAAGUACUGGAGCCUGACACAGUCAUCUGAUAUGAUGGAGUGUGAAGAUGUAAUUGGCUGUUUACCUAAAUUGUUCAUUGCUCUCAAUGCUGGAGUGUUCAAGUCCAGCACACAAAAGGCUGUAAUGCUACGUUCCAUCAGUCUAAUUACGCCACUCUGGCGCCGGCACCUUCAUCACAGCCCUCAUCGACGUGUGUAACGUAUAACUUCUAUCGCGAUACGAUAAUAAUAUGACUUGCCGUGCUGCCCUGCUGUCACAGUGCUUGACGUAGUACAACACCGUGUCAUGCCAGUUCAUCGCACUUCAGUGGUUGGUGUCUCAAAUGGUUUCAUACAAGUAAAAGCAAUUCUUUGACUCAAAAGGGUCUGUAUAUGCUGUAAGCGAAGUGCUUUGCUGUAUGGUUUUCAUACACGUAACACCAAAGUUGCUCUUCCUCUUUGCGUCCGUAGGGAAACAGGCAUGUAUUUGAGUAAUACAGAUUGUUCAGGCACCGUAUUUCUGUAUAAACAGAAACUGCUUUCUUGCACAUCUAUACAACAUUUAGUGAAAUUUGGGUAAAAGGGAAUUAGAGAAAAUGUUCAUGUGUCAAGAACAAUGACUGAUUGAACCCCAGUCAUACAGAUAAAUGCUAAGCAAGAAAACAUUAUUAAACAUCCCUUAAACAUCCUUUAAACUCUCCUGCCCUGAGGGGACAGUGGCAGUGAUUUAAUUCUGCUUUUUUAACAGUCACAGGGCUGCUGUUGUCAUGAAAGUGGCUGGACUGAAACCGCGCUGUCCGAAAGUUUCUGUUGCCCGUUUACCGUUGACGCCUGGUUGAUCCCCCUCGUGCAUGUGGUCGAGUCGGAGUUUCCUUGUGUCUUAUGAAUGCUAAGCUGUGACUAAUUUUGAUCAAAAACGAAUUAUUUUUCUUACUGAAGCAUUGUGAUUUUUAGGAGUAGCAAAGGUCUCGGCGAGAUAACGACGCGCCACCUGAUACUUGAACGCGUUUUCGGAAAUGAUCGCAUAUGUGUGUAGCUUGUGGAAAGCAUGAAGCAGCGCCAGAGUCCCAGGAUGGAGCCGCUGGAGAAGGUUCUCGCUAUGAAAUCUCAAGCACAGAAUAAACACUGCCUACAAAUCUAAUACUAAACUGACCGGAGAUGGUCCAGGAAACGGUGGAGUUGUCCACCAGCUAAGGAAAAGAUGAGGCUUACAGACUGUUCCAGAACCAGCUCUACACCAGAAGAGAAGAGCCCGGUUGAGAAUAUUUUAUUGGAUGUAAGCAUCUGCAGAUCUAACUAUACAAGAAUGAAGUGAACCGUCAUGCAUAAAAUGGACAAAAAUAGUUUGUGCACAGCAACAAAAAGGGACAAUUAAAAUCAAACCUUCAGAUCUGUUAUUUUCUAUUCCAGCUUAUGUGCGCUGUGAGGAUUUUGUUUAUUUGUGAAAUGAGUGCCUGGGGUCUUUCUCACGAAGCAGGGCUUCUUGCUUUGCCAGCUACCUGUUAAGCUCAGCUCCAUCUCACCCAGAACUUUCCGUGACGAUUUAUUACUUCUACUUUUGUUUUUUUUAAUGGGAUGAAUUACUUGUGGCACACCUAACCUCCAGGCCAAGCCAAGUUCAGGAUUUCAGAUAACAAAAUAGCUCUUAGACCAAUCAGGCACAGCCUUCUGACGGAGACGGACCCCUCUUCUCCACUUCUUUUCUUUUCCCUCUGCUGUGUUUCUGGCAUUAAUCACAUGGAAAAUUGAAAAUAUAAACCAUACUACAUAAAUAAGAAUAUUGCUGCUGUUGGAAGAAAACCUUGUAUCUCCAGAAUGGUAACUUCUACAGGAGAAGGAAAAAACCUUUUCUGUUUUUGAUGCAGGUCAAUGGAACCAGACGAAGUCAUUUUGGGCUGUUUCAUUCGGUCCAUUCAUCAUGAAAUUUACACACAGCAUAAAGGGCAACAGACGUUUUCAAAUUAAGUCAAAAACUGAACAAUGUUGAAAAAUCUCAGAAAUUGAGAUGUGAGAUGUUUUCUUCCCCAGCAGUGAUAACAGUUAAGACUCCAAUAAGCACCAAUGCUGUGUUGACAGCUGUUGUUAAGUGCUUUCCUUUCUUCAGAUUGACAUACAGUGCUCAGAAGUAGUUUUAGGACGCUUCCAUCAUCAUUUAUUUUUAUCAUUAUUAAAUCUGUUAAUGCAUUGUGGAAAUUGUGGAAAGUCCGCCCCCCCCAUUUUACUUCAAAGCAGAUGUUGGGACAUUAAUCCAAAUGCACACGAUUCAACCCAGAGAUCUUAAUCAGAUCAUCCAACACACCGGCCUUUUAUGUUUGUCACAUUCUGAAGGAUAUCGUGUUCAAUUAAUGCGACAAAUCUCUUGGUGAUAAAAUGUCUGUUGGGAAAAAUUACAGAUGCACAAUUAAGAGGGAAAAAUGUACUGAAGACAAGAAGAUUCACUACGUGGUCGAAAGCCUGCCAGGCUCUCACCAUCCAAAACAAAACAUCUCACAAGCCUGGUUGACCAGGUGUUGUGCAAACUGGGCAGUUCAUGCCUAAAAGACUUUCACGGGUCAUCCAAAUGAAGAGCGACAAAAUACUAACCCAAGUUAAAUACUACACACUGACCUACAUAAAGGAAAGAGACACUAAUGUUUCAGUACUUCUUCUAGCCUUAUUGAUUAUCGGGAAUCUAAGUUUUAGUUAGUAAACCUGGCUGUUAUUGUUGGUUUGUAAUAGAUAUGAAAUGAUUAAAUUAAAGUAGUACAUAAACGACCCCCCCCCCCCCUUGACUUUACAACUCGUAUGAUGGGCUGGUCUUAAUAUGAUGGGCUGGUCUUAAGGAUUAAUCAGAGUAUUUAAACCUAGGAUAACAGUUGGAUCGUGCUUCGUGAGACAGACCCCUCGUUUCUCCAAAGCAGUGUUAUGAUCACUUUAAGCGUCGGAGUGAACGUCAGUAGACAUCUGGCUCCACCCUCUUAUGGCGAUCGUCAUGUCUGUGAUGUUUUUGAUUAUCCAGGCCCUGAAUGUUUCAUCUGGACUUACCAAGCAGCUUUUAUCCCAGUCAUACAUAUCUCCACGUGGCUUGCCCUUUACCUAGGGACAACGUCCAACCGCAACCCUCUGCCCACUACUGGUCUUUCUGUCCACUCAAGUAUUUUAUAAGUGCAUAUAUACCCGUGUGUACAUACUGUAUUUAUAAAUGUUUGUUGCUUUGUAAAUCAAUGCCUGUGUAGGUGGAAUGUACAAAAUGUAAAGACGUCCAUUUUAAUAAACAUGACUAUGCUUACA